AUUUGGAAUGGGUUUUCUGAGUUUAUUAAAGGUGGCUUCUAUGCCUGUUCUCAAAGUGCUGAUGAUCAGUGCCCUUGGAUCGUUGCUGGCUUUGGAUCAUGCAGACAUCUUGGGGGAGAAUGCAAGAAGGCAUCUAAACAAUAUGGUGUUUUUUGUGUUCAAUCCGGCCCUGGUUUUCAGCAACUUGGCCAGAACUGUUACCUUGGACAGCAUUCUUUUGCUGUGGUUCAUGCCCUUCAACAUUCUUCUCACUUUCAUCUUAGGCUCAAUACUUGGGUGGAUUCUUUUCAAGCUCACCAGGGCUCCUCAGCAUUUGAAAGGCCUAAUCCUGGGUUCUUCUGCUGCAGGAAACAUGGGGAAUUUGCCUGUGAUCAUCAUUCCUGCAAUCUGUUAUGAGAAAGGCAGUCCAUUUGGAGCAGCAGAUGUCUGCCAUACAUAUGGAAUGGUUUAUGCUUCCAUUUCCAUGGCUGUUGGAUCGAUUUGCUUGUGGACUUGUGUCUACAACAUUGUACGCGUUUCCUCAAACAACAACAAGAAUAAGGACAUUAGUGCACAAACCUCAGCAACUUCCAUAGACUGCAAAGGGGAGAGAUCUUACAUGGAUGAUGCAUACCAUGCUCUGCUUCCAUGCCCCCAAGCCACUGACAAAGAAGAAAAGGUUCCCAUAACAUGCCGGAUUAAGAAACAGCUGACAAUGCUUUCAAGAAAGAUGAAUCUGAAAGCUGUGUUAGCACCAUCAACUACUGCAGCGAUUGCUGGAUUCAUUGUUGGAUUAGUGCCUAUAUUGAGAAUGCUACUCAUUGGCACUACUGCUCCUCUUCAUGUGGUCCAUGAUUCUGCUUCUUUACUAGGGGAUGCAGCGAUUCCCGCUGUGACAUUGAUAAUAGGAGCCAACCUAGUCAGAGGAUUAAAAGGGACAGGGAUUCAUCUAUCAGUUGUGAUUGGAAUAGCAGCAAUUCACUACAUAUUCCUGCCUCUAGUGGGCAUUGUGGUAGUCAAGGGAGCAAUCUAUUUCGGUUUGGUGCACUCCGACCCCCUCUAUCAGUUUGUUCUUCUACUGCAGUUUGCACUUCCUCCAGCUAUGAACAUAGGUACUAUCACUCAACUUUUUGGAGCAGGAGAGAGUGAAUGCUCUGUUAUUUUGCUGUGGACAUACGCCUUAGCAUCCAUUUCCCUUACUCUUUGGUCCACAUUCUUUAUGUGGCUAGUUGCUUGAUUUUGAAUGAAUAUUUACUCCUUUCCAAACUAGAGUGUAUGUGUAUCAAAUCA